UGUGUGUAUACAGUGUGUAUCAAGACCAGCCCUUUUCAGCUAUGUAUUUCUCUCUUGAAUUUAUUCCUUUACCUCCAGACAUCCAGACAGGGACCCAGGCUCCCAGCUGCAUCUAUCCCAGCUCCAUUGCACCAUGGACAGCCUCCGGCCCGGACAAUGGCCCAUGAUCGUGGUCCAUAUGCUUCUGCUGCAAAUUCAGCCCGUUAAGUUGCAGGGGUUUGAUCCUGUGUCCCAGAAACUACGACGACUCAAUGAACAGUUCCAGCAGUUCCAGGCGCUGACCCAGGCCCGUUUGAACAUGUUGGCCCAGAACCAGAACAGAAACUCCUCGGGGGGGCUGGAGAGCCGCGUUCAGGCCCUGAGUGACCACUGGCAACACAUGUCACAGGACCUCGAACACCUCAAGCAAAGCACAACGCAGGAGAUAGGGGGUCUCAGAGAGUGGAGUAGGAAGCUCGAUAAGAAAAGUAAACGAAUGGAGGGUCGUCUGGCUUCGAUGGAGAGGAACCUGAGGGAAAACCGCCGCCACGCCCAGAAACAGAUGCCUGAUCCUGGCCACGAUUUCUCCAACCUCACCCUGGAGCUCCAGAGCCAAGAGGAAAGGCUGGCUGCCCUGCAGACCCAGCGUGACGAGCUGCUCAUUGGGCUGAAAGGGUUGCAGGAAUCCCUGAAAAACCAGGCACUGCGUGUGACUCGGCUGGAGGGCCGGCUGGGUGAGGUCCUGCAGCAGAAUGGAGAAGGGAAAACCAGACGGUUGUGGAGGGUGGGAGACCCCCUCGACCCCCACAUAACACCUCAGGAAUACUAUGAACCACGCGGGAGAAGCCAGGCACAUAGAAGAGGGAGGCCUGAAAGGAUUCUGGAUACCCAACCCAGAUCAGAAGGUAUUGGCAACUCCCAGACUGAUAUUCAUCCACAGUCCGCAGCUCAGAACAGAAACCAUCCACAGCCCAAACAAUACCAGGCAACACCAAACCAGCCUAAACAUUCAAAGCCAAGACCUAAACCAGAAUCUUAUCCACAGACACAAGUCCAGUAUCCUAAACCCCAGCCCACAGAUUACCUACCUCAGCCUGACCCUUAUCAUCCCCAGUCACAGAUCCAGGUGCAGGCCCAGACAAAGCCUUACCCGAUCCAGCAGGAGCAGCUUAAGCAUCGCCAGACUGUGCCUUAUCCUUAUGCCCAGAUCCAGCCCCAGGUUCAGCAACGAUCCGAGCCUCAGUUAUAUCGUCAGAGACACCCCCGGGUACACAACCCCAGUCAUCCCUCUUGGCCCCAGCCCCUGCCUCAUGCUUCAACGCACCCUGAACCCACCAAAGACAGACAGAGCAGGACCGGUCAGGGGGCUCCACAGCCCCAGGCUUCAGAUGAUCUCCCUCAGCCCCAGUCUGAGUCUUAUCAGCCCAGGGUGAGCGGGUGGGGUGGAGCAGAGGAGGAAGAAAGUGACACAAAGGUAGAGUCUUCAGUAAUCCACAACUUCCUUCAGCUUCCUAUAAGGCACAAGAUCCCUGCACGACCAGUUCCCAAAAAGGAUGCAACCAUCUGUAACGUGGACUCCAUGCUGUUCUUCCCCUCGGCCUCAGCAGAGAACUAUGUCACCUUCUUCCGGACUCUGCCGGAUCUUCCUGAACUGUCUGUGUGUUUGUGGCUCCGUGUAGAGGCCUCACAUGUCGGCACACUGCUCUCUUAUGCCACAGACGACAACGACAACCAGUUAGUUCUUUACGGACGCAACUCCUCUGCAUCGUCUGCAUCCUUCUCUUCUUCUUCCUCAUCCUCCCAAGCCUCAUACGCCUCCUCUUCCUCCUCCUCCUCCUCCUCCCUGGACUUUGUCAUUGGAGACCCUAUAUAUCGUCGUCUCCCUGCGUCGCCGCUCCUGGAUGCUCGCUGGCACCAUGUCUGCGUCCUCUGGUCCUCCAUCCAGGGUCAUUUCUGGCACUACAGUGACCACCGCCUCACCUCCUCAGGCUCCAACUUCAGGAAGGGCUGGGAGAUUCCUGGAGGUGGAUCAGUGGUGCUGGGGCAGGAGCAGGACACUGUUGGUGGGGGGUUUGACCCUGCAGAGGGUUUUGCUGGGCAGGUGGCAGGGUUCAGGGUGUGGAGCCGGGUGCUAAGUCCUUCAGAGGUGGAAGGGGUGGCAGAAGGAAGAGGUGUGCCCAGAGGGGUGGUGCUUGGCAUGGAGGACAUAAAGGAGGUACAUGGGGAGGUGCAGCAGGUGGCAUGUGAAUGUUUAGAGUACUGUGUGUGAUAAAGUUACAGCAGAGGAUUCAAAUGAAAGGUUUCAUUCCAAAACAUCAUUUUUUCCAGGGAAUGUUCAUUAUCUCUUGCUUGCCUGCCUCUUAAAAGGCAAAAUAAAUCCUUUUUUCUUUGA